GCCUUAAGAGAUAUAGCAGAAAAGAAAGGACCAACCAACAGCGGCAGCAAUGGUGUUGAUCCACCAUACCCAUGACCAUGAGCUUCUCUUGCUCGCCAUCAUCAUCUUCCUUUCGUGCUCUAACAAUGGCCAUGCCUCCCGGCCUCACCUUCUUCAUCCACCACCACCAACGUCACCGACCGCCUUGCGCUCAUGUCAUUCAGGUCGCUCAUAAGGAGUGACCCAACCCAGGCACUCGCAUCCUGGGGCAACCAAUCCAUCCCGAUGUGCCAAUGGCGUGGUGUGGCGUGUGGGCUGAGUGGACGCCGCACAGGCCGUGUGGUGGCGCUGGACCUCACCAAGCUCAACCUUGUAGGCGCCAUCUCACCUUUGCUCGGCAACCUCACAUACCUGAGGCGGCUCCAUCUCCACAAGAAUCGCCUCCAUGGCGAGAUACCGUCGGAGCUCGGCCAUCUCCGAGACCUGAGACACCUCAACCGCAGCUACAACUCCAUCCAAGGGCCGAUCCCAGCGACGCUUUCAACCUGCAGAGGAAUGGAGAACAUUUGGCUCUACAGCAACAAGCUGCAGGGCCAAAUACCAAGUGAGUUUGGAUCCCUGCAAAAUCUUCAGGCACUUGUUCUUGGGGAAAAUAGACUUACUGGAAGCAUCCCUUCAUUCAUUGGAAGCCUCGCGAAUCUGAAAUUUCUAAUCCUAGAAGAAAACAACUUUACAGGAGAAAUUCCAUCAGACAUAGGCAGACUGGCCAAUCUCACUGUUCUAGGACUAGGUUCUAAUCAACUCUCAGGACCAAUUCCUGCCUCAAUAGGAAAUCUCUCGGCACUACAAUUUCUUAGUGUCUUCUCUAAUAACCUGGUAGGAAGCAUCCCACCGAUGCAACGCUUGUCCUCUCUCGAAUUCUUUGAACUAGGGAAGAACAAUAUCGAAGGAAGCAUCCCAACUUGGCUGGGAAACCUCUCAUCAUUACUUACUGUGAAACUUGGAGGCAAUAGACUAGAUGGGAACAUCCCUGAAUCACUGGGGAAACUGAAGUUGCUUACAUCUCUUGAUCUAUCAAGUAAUAAUCUAGUGGGCCCAGUACCUGAUACUAUUGGAAACCUAUAUUCCAUUAAGCAGUUUCAUGUAGAAAAUAAUGAGCUAGAAGGUUCUUUACCUUCUUCAAUAUUCAAUCUUUCCUCUCUUGAAGAACUCAACUUACAAACCAACAACCUAAAUGGGACCAUUCCACUUGACUUAGGCAACCGCCUGCCAAAGCUCCAGUUAUUCCUAAUAUCUGAAAACCAGUUUCAUGGCUCAAUUCCACCCUCCCUGUGCAAUAUUUCUACGCUUAGAUGGAUCCAAACAGUAAACAAUUCUUUGUCAGGAACCAUCCCCCAAUGCAUAGGAAUCAACCAAAAGAGCUUAUAUUCCGUAACUUUUGCAGUGAAUCAGUUUGAAACGAGUAAUAAAUAUGGUUGGAGCUUCAUGUCUAGUUUAACUAACUGCAGCAAUUUGCGACUACUUGAUGUGGGUGACAACAAGCUUACAGGUGAGCUACCAAAUUCAAUUGGCAAUCUUUCCACACGUCUUGAGUAUUUUGUCACCAACUACAACAGUAUGACUGGCAAAAUACCUGAAGGGCUAGGGAAUCUGGUCAGCUUGAAGUUCAUCGAGAUGAACAAUAACUUCUACGAGGGCACAAUACCAGACUCUCUUGGCAAACUCAAGAACCUGAAUAGACUAUAUCUCACUAACAACAACCUUUCAGGAUCCAUUCCAUCAAGUAUCGGCAACCUUCGUAUGCUAACAUUAUUAUCUGUUGCAGGCAAUGCACUUAGUGGAGAAAUACCCCCCAGUCUCAGCAAUUGCCCUUUGGAACAGUUGAAACUCUCAUACAAUAAUCUUACUGGGUUGAUUCCAAAAGAACUUUUCGCCAUCUCUGUCUUGUCUACUUCUUUGAUUUUGGAUCAUAAUUUUAUAACUGGGCCUCUGCCCUCUGAAGUGGGUAAUCUAACAAACCUUGCAUUACUUGAUUUCUCUAGCAAUUUGAUUUCUGGAGAGAUCCCGUCCUCCAUUGGUGAGUGCCAGAGUCUACAAUAUCUCAAUACAUCUGGAAACUUACUCCAAGGGCAAAUUCCACCAUCACUAGAUCAACCAAAGGGCCUCCUGUUGCUUGAUCUUUCUCAUAAUAAUUUAUCCGGAAGCAUCCCUAAGUUCCUUGGGACCAUGACAGGGCUUGCUAGUUUGAAUCUUUCAUUCAACAACUUUGAGGGUGAUGUCCCAAAAGAUGGAAUCUUUAGCAAUGCGACUCCUGCUUUAAUUGAGGGAAAUAAUGGCCUAUGUAAUGGAAUCCCUCAACUGAAGUUGCCACCCUGCUCUCAUCAGACAACAAAACACAAGAAGCAAACAUGGAAAAUUGCCAUGGCAAUUUCUAUAUGCAGCACAGUUCUAUUUAUGGCAGUAGUAGCCACAUCUUUCGUGUUCCACAAACGGGCCAAGAAGACAAAUGCAAACCGACAAACAUCACUUAUUAAAGAGCAGCAUAUGAGAGUUUCUUACACUGAAUUGGCUGAAGCAACAAAAGGUUUUACUUCUGAGAACCUCAUUGGAGCAGGGAGCUUCGGCUCUGUGUACAAGGGAAGAAUGAAAAUCAAUGACCAACAAGUAGCUGUUGCUGUGAAAGUGUUCAACCUCAAGCAGCGUGGUUCAUCUAAGAGUUUUGCAGCAGAAUGUGAGACUUUAAGAUGUGUUCGACAUCGGAACCUUGUAAAGGUACUGACCGUAUGCUCAAGUAUCGAUUUUCAGGGCCGUGAUUUCAAGGCCAUUGUAUACAAGUUCCUACCGAAUAGAAAUUUAGAUCAAUGGCUACACCAAAAUAUCAUGGAAGAUGGUGAACACAAGGCAUUAGAUCUCAUCACGCGACUAGAAAUCGCAAUUGAUGUGGCAUCCUCACUUGAAUAUCUUCACCAAUAUAAGGCAUCGCCAAUCAUUCACUGUGAUCUUAAGCCAAGCAAUGUUCUCCUCGACGAUGAGAUGGUUGCACAUGUUGGUGAUUUUGGCCUUGCAAGAUUUCUUCACCAGGACCCAGAGCAAUCAAGUGGUUGGGCAUCAAUGAGAGGCACAACUGGUUAUGCUGCUCCAGAGUAUGGACUGGGCAACGAAGUCUCAAUCCAUGGCGAUGUAUAUAGCUAUGGUAUAUUGUUGCUGGAGAUGUUUAGCGGGAAGAGACCAACAGACAGCGAAUUUGGAGAAUCCCUUGGCCUCCAUAAUUAUGUCAAUAUGGCAUUGCCAGACAGGACGGCUAGUGUCAUAGACCUUAGCUUACUAGAAGAGACAGUGGAUGGCGAAGCAAAGACAUCAAAAUCUAACCAGACAAGAGAAAUGAGAAUUGCUUGCAUUACCUCAAUUCUGCAUGUUGGAGUUUCCUGUUCAGUGGAGACACCAACAGAUCGCAUGCCAAUCGGAGAUGCCCUGAAAGAGCUGCAGAGAAUAAGAGACAAGUUCCACAGGGAGUUGCAAGGAGCAGGAGCGACAAACCAUCAAGACAUUCAAAUCUGUUGAUGCGCAGCAACCAACCGGAUCAAUAAAGGCGUAAAGAGCUGCAAGAUUUCUGCUACUCCUUGCCAUCUAGGCUAGCCAAAAUAAAAUCAUAAUGUUGCAAAUUACAAAGUUUGGCAUUCUGUUUGAUCCUUGCCAUGAAGAUCUUGUACAUACUAUGAACCAACCACAUCUUGGCAAAUCACAUUAUUAUAUGCUUUUCCUUUGUUGAUA